AUGGUGUUCCUGAACGGUUUCAACUUCACCGAGGCGACGCUCGUAAAACGCUCGCUCGAGAGUUUCUUCGGCAUCGGCCCCAAGGUCUCGCAGGGCAUCAUGGCAAAGUUCCACAUCUACCCGUGGGCCAAGGUCGGCAGCCUCAAGAACUCGACCGUCAUGGACCUCACGGCGGAGCUGUCAAAUAUGAAGAUUGAAAACGAUAUGCGCAGGGAGGUGCAGGACAACAUAAAACGGUUGAAGGAUAUGGGCGCGUAUAGAGGACGACGGCAUGCUAUGGGGCUGCCUGUGCGUGGCCAGCGGACAAGAACACAGAUUACAACCGCGCGAAGGCUGAACAAGCUGGAACGGGGUGGGAGUGGGAGGGUGCAGGUGUAG